UCUCAUUUUUCUUGUUAUCUUCAAAAAAACUUUUUUUUUUUGAACACCACUUCAAAAAAACUUUAUAUUUUGUAAAUUAAUUAGUUUUCUCUGUUAAUCGAAAUCCGAAGGAAGCCAGAGAUUUUUACAGUCGAGAGGGAUCUAUUUUUGUUCCAUUACAACCUUAAAAAUCUUCAUGUAGUGUUCUGUAUAUUCCCAGAUUUCUUUUUAGAUUAUCGUGCUGUGCCUCAUUGCCGUGUCCCCUGGCGUUCUCUCUCUCUCUCUUGCUCGAUUCAAGUUGAAAGAGAAAGAAAAUAAAGUUGCGGGCUCCUUUCUUAGGCUUCGAAUGGCCAGAUCUCUCUCUACUCAUCUGCCUAAUUAAACAGGAACAUGAGUUUAACUGGUUCACACGACACAAGUGUUGAAAACUCUUGAAUCUUGUGGCGAAGUAGAGCAAAAACAAACAAGAGAGUGUCGGGAGAUAAUUAGGGUUUUCUAGUAGAUAUGAUCAAGCAGAUAUUUGGGAAAAUACCCAAAAAAACUUCCAAAUCAUCACAUCCAAACGGAGAAGGUGGUGUUAAUUCGCAUCACACCCCUCCUCCUACCUCAAAUGGCACUAUUGCUCCUUCCUCAAACAGAUCCAAUGGGGUUUAUGAAGCUUUCCCUAGCUUCAGGGAUGUUCCCACCUCGGAGAAGCCCAAUCUAUUCAUCAAGAAACUCACCAUGUGUUGCGUCGUGUUCGACUUUACUGACCCUUCCAAGAAUCUCAGAGAGAAAGAGAUAAAGAGGCAGACUUUACUUGACCUCGUAGACUACAUGGCCACCGUUUCCACAAAGUUCACCGAUGCUGCAAUGCAAGAGAUUGCGAAACUUGCAGUGGUUAAUCUCUUCAGGACGUUUCCUUCUGCUAAUCACGAGAGCAAGAUCCUGGAAACUCUUGAUGGAGACGAUGAGGAGCCAGCUUUAGAGCCUGCUUGGCCUCAUCUUCAACUUGUCUACGAGCUUCUCCUCAGAUUUGUGGCCUCCUCCAUGACUGAUGCCAAGCUUGCUAAGAGAUAUGUAGACCAUUCUUUCGUGUUGAAGCUCUUGGACCUGUUUGACUCUGUAGACCAGAGAGAAAGAGAGUAUCUGAAGACCAUUCUCCACCGGAUAUACGGUAAGUUCAUGGUGCAUCGACCUUUUAUCAGGAAGGCUAUCAACAACAUCUUCUACAGGUUCAUCUUCGAAACAGAGAAGCAUAAUGGCAUUGCGGAGUUGCUUGAGAUUCUUGGAAGUAUAAUUAAUGGUUUCGCUUUGCCCUUGAAAGAAGAGCACAAGCUCUUCCUAAUCCGGACUUUGAUACCACUACACAGACCUAAAUGUGCUGCGGCUUAUCAUCAACAGCUUUCUUAUUGCAUUGUUCAGUUUGUAGAGAAAGACUCCAAGCUUGCUGACACCGUCAUUAGAGGUUUACUAAAGUAUUGGCCUGUGACCAACAGUUCUAAGGAAGUUAUGUUCCUUGGUGAGCUGGAAGAAGUCUUGGAAGCAACACAAGCAGCUGAGUUUCACAGAUGUAUGGUGCCUUUGUUCCGUCAAAUUGCCAGAUGUCUCAACAGCUCACACUUUCAGGUAGCUGAAAGAGCUUUGUUUCUAUGGAACAACGAUCACAUAAGGAACCUGAUUACUCAAAACUAUAAAGUUAUAAUGCCAAUCGUGUUCCCGGCAAUGGAAAGAAACAUGUGUGGCCAUUGGAACCAAGCGGUAAAGAGUCUGACUUUGAAUGUGAGGAAAGUAUUGGCGGAGACAGACCAAGCUCUGUUUGAUGAAUGUUUAGCCAAGUUCCAAGAAAAUGAAGCGAACAAAACCGAGGUUGUGGCGAAACGAGAAGCAACGUGGAAGCUUUUGGAAGAAUUGGCAGCUUCCAAAUCCAUAGGCAGCGAGGCAGUGCUCGUCCCAAGGUUUUCAUCGGUUACUCUUACCUCAGGGAAAACUCCUGAUUGGUCACUGAAAGGGGAAACCAAAGCGUGAUGAUCGAAGGAUUGGAUGUAUCAUCUGGAUUCAGGGUUUUUUUUAAAUUGUUACUUGAUUCUGAUCUCUUUUAUAUUGUCAACUCUUAGAGGUGAAAGAACUAUGUGGUGUAUGAAAUAUGGUAUUAUAGAUAUAGUUCUUUGGAGGAAUGCUAUUAGUAUUGUACUCUGGAAUGAAACUGAUCUAUAAUUGUGACGUUAUGUUUUUGGAAAAAAAUGCAGAUGGAUGGUAUAAA